GGACUUUGUGCUGCAAUCGUUGAGCCUUACCUGCCAGUUCCUCCAUCCUUCGCUUUCUGCUCAUCGAUCCUUUGUUAGGUAUGCAGCCACGAGAGGUGACUGAAGAUUGAUGCUGAAAAGGAGGAGCUGCUCUUUGGACGAACAUCUCAGCCAACUCACGCCGGCAUUUGUUGACAGGCAGUCUCAGUAGCAGACUUAGUCGACACGCUGUGCGAGAGUGAGGGAGAAGCGCGUGUACAUAUACAGGCACACACAGAGAGAGAGAGAGAGAGAGAGAGAGAGAGAGAGAGAGAGAGAGAGAGAGAGAGAGAGAGAGAGUCGAGACGCUGCGCGAGAGCCGACGCUUCUUGCGCAAUUGGACGACGACGUGGCUCGUUGAGUGUUGAGAGUGAGGGAGAAGCGCGUGUACAUAUACAGGCACACACACACACACCCAGAGAGAGAGAGAGAGAGAGAGAGAGAGAGAGAGAGAGAGAGAGAGAGAGAGAGAGAGAGAGAGAGAGAGAGAAUGUCGGGAAGUGCGUUCAAAUGGGUGAAGCCAGAUGUGUAUCCUUUGUUGGCGGCCUUGGGAGUGGGGCUGACGUUUCUGGCUUAUCAGAGUGCGAGGGCUCUGACGAAGAAUCCGGAUGUGACGUGGGACAAGGAGAAGCGACGGACUGCAGAAAUUGACGAGAGGGAGGGGAAAGAGUAUCGCCAGGGGGCAUUUCGCAAGUUCGUGAAGUCGAAGUAUGACUAUGAGGACGUGAGAACUCCUCUACAGAAGGCUCAGAAAUGAAGAGCACCUCAUGGGAGCAAGAUUUCGAAG